AUGGAUGGCAAGCAACAACUGGCCCAGGGCAUUUCCAGCGAGAGUCUAAGGCAUUCAUCGUCCAUGUCGUCAAUAUCCCGCCUCCGCAGGUUUCUGCUUCCUAUGCUGGCCAUCAUCUUGUUGCUCCGGGGCGUCUAUGAUAUCUCAUACCGGUACAAGUUCGCCGGCCCAGGCAUCACUCAUCUAGUGCCUCUGGAGGCUCAUAUUAUUAGUAAAUGCCCGGAUACUAGAGAUGCUUUGAGGGAGCUGAUCCUUCCUGUGAUGCAGCGGGUGUAUGACAAGGUCGACUUUAAGCUUAAUUAUAUUGGAACUCCAACGGCCGAUGACGGCGUCGAGUGCAAGCAUGGACCCUCUGAAUGCAUGGGCAACAUCAUCGAGCUUUGCACUCGCGAACUCUACCCGGACCCAAAGAUCAACCUCGGCUUUAUUAUGUGCUUGACCAAGGACUAUCCACACAUCCCCGAACGGGCUCUAGUCGAAGACUGCGCAUUAGAGCACGCUAUCGAUAUUAGAGCUAUCAACGAGUGCGCCGCCAGAGAUGACGGUGCCUAUGGCAUGGGUCUUUUGCGAAACAGCAUCCAGCGGACCACGGACCAAAGUAGCCAGAGAACAACUGACUGA